AUGGCUCGUUCUUUCUCCAACGCUAAGCUUCUCUCUGCUCUCGUCGCCGAUGGAUUCUCUAGCACAAUCACCAGACGUGGAUAUGCGGCGGGUUCUCAAGGAGUUGCGUCGAGCGUGGUUAGAGGAGGAGGUGCUACUAGUCCUAGAAGCGUAAACGUAGUUAAGAAUUCCGGGGAAGACAAGGUGACCUCCGCUUCAAAGGUCUCGUGGGUCCCCAACCCGAAAACCGGGUUUUACGGACCCGAGAAUGGCGCCGAGGAGAUCGACGCAGCCGAGCUACGUGCGGUGCUGUUGAAGAAGCACUAA